UUUGGAGUGACGUGUCCUUGGGUGAAGGUUUCACAGUGUGUGUGUGGUCUGCAUCACAAGCAGCAGCUGGUUCCGCUUGGAAGUGAGGAAGGUGAUUUGUGCAAGGUAACUUGGCAUCCUAAUAACCUUGGAAAGUGGACUUUGUUUUUUUGGGACCUCCAGGUUUAAGUAAUGGAAGGACAGGUCCAGGAUUUGACAGACCUGGUUUCACGGCUGCAAGCUGAAAAUGAGAGGCUGCGGCAGCAACAAGCAGCAGCUUCUGGCCCUGGUGCAGCACCUGCCACUUUGGCUGGGCCUUCGACCAAUCCUCCCGUGGUUGAGAGACUGUUGUAUGUCCCUAGAGACAGAAAAUGUCCCAUGUUUAGGGGACGGACUGGUAUUGGGCUUACGGAGUGGCUUGAGGAGGUGCAGGCUUGCAUGAGGACCCGCCAUUUAGGUGUAGCCGAUCAGGCGUUCUUUUUGUUCGAUCACCUGGAGGGAGAGGCCCGCGACGAAAUUAAAUAUCGCCCUGGUUCCGACAGGGAGGACCCGGCUAGGGUCAUUGCAGUGCUGCAGGAAUUAUACGGAUGCACUGACUCUUAUGUUGCCUUGCAGGAGGCAUUUUUUUCUCGUCGGCAGCAGGAAGGUGAGACACUGCAUGAAUACUCCCUGGCUUUAAUGAGCCUAAUGGCCUCCGUUAAGGGAGCUGCACCUAGUGGUGUUCCAAAUGCAGAGAUUUUAUUGCGGGAUCAAUUUGUGGAACAAGUUUUUGACUGUGCCCUACGCCGUGAAUUAAAACAGUUUGUGCGCCGACAGCCCACCGCUACGUUGCUGGAGGUUAGGGGUGAGGCAAUGCAGUGGGAGCGGGAGGGUCUCCCUGGAGGCGUACGGAGUCGUAGUUACUCCGUCCCCUCUGUCCCUGGGUUCCAGUGUGGCGUUGGGGGUAGUUCCCAAUCAGUCCCUCCGGUGUCCGAACUAUCGGAGAUAAAGGAGAUGUUAAGGCUCCAACAAGAGCAGAUCCUCCAGAUGUCUCAGGACCUGCUACGCCUGCAGAAUCCUAGCCAGGCCAGUCGUCCCCCUCGUCGUGGUCCCAUUAUUUGCAGAAGGUGUCAGCAGCCUGGGCAUUUUGCCCAGGAUUGUGAUGGCGUUCGGGUGGCUCCUUCGGCCCGCCCAGUCUCGCCUACCCAAAGGUCCCGCCAGAGAAAUAAUAACACCCCAUCACCAUCGGAAAACUAAUGCCCACCGAGUUGUUGAGCCACAGCUCGGAGGGGGCAGCCGCUGGCUCCAAGGGGGAGUUUGAUGGACUUCUGGCAUCUUGUCCUCAUUUACAGGUGUGCAUGGGGGGUCGUUCCAUUUCGUGUUUAGUGGAUACUGGGUCCAUGGUAUCCACCAUCACGGAAAGUUUCUUCAAGCAGAAUUUUGAGCCAUGGGGACCAGAGCGACUUCGCUCCUGUCAGUGGCUACAAUUGAGGGCAGCUAACGGGCUGGCUAUACCAUAUCUUGGCUACUUGGAGUUGGAAGUGGGACUUUGUGGCAAGUUAUUGCCACAAUGUGGUGUACUAGUAGUUAAAGAUAUUCCCGGUGGAGGACCUUUACAGGCGCCGGGCGUUUUGGGGAUGAACAUCAUCCAGCGCUGUUACCAAGAGCUCUUUGCCCAGUAUGGCAGUGCCCUGUUUGGACAAUCUGAGGUGU